GGUGUCUGGGAAGCAAGAUGGCGGCGCGGCCCGCGCUGGCUUCUGUGUGCCGGCGCCUCUGGCAGGGCUUGGGAAAUUUCUCUGUAAAUAGUUCUAAGAGCAGCACAGCCAAAAAUGGUGGCUUCCUUCUCAGUACCAAUAUGAAGUGGGUUCAGUUUUCAAACCUGCACGUUGAUGUUCCUAAGGAUUUGAAUAAACCGACGAUAACUAUUUCUGAUGAACCAGAUACAUUAUAUAAACGCCUGUCAGUUUUAGUAAAAGGCCAUGAUAAGGCCGUAUUGGACAGUUAUGAAUAUUUUGCCGUGCUUGCUGCUAAAGAACUCGGCAUCUCUAUAAAAGUACACGAACCACCAAGGAAAAUAGAGCGAUUUACUCUUCUCAAAUCAGUGCAUAUUUUCAAGAAACACAGAGUUCAGUAUGAAAUGAGAACACUUUACAGAUGCUUAGAGUUAGAACACCUGACUGGAAGUACAGCAGAUGUCUAUCUGGAAUACAUUCAACGAAACUUACCUGAAGGAGUUGCCAUGGAAGUAACAAAGACAAAAUUAGAACAGUUGCCGGAACACAUCAAGGAGCCAAUCUGGAAAACAGUGCCAGAGAAAAAAGAAGAGAAGUCCUAAAGCCUCCAGGAGGCCACUUGUGCCUGAAUUUGAAACGGGGUGGGGCGGUGUAAACCACUGCGUCUUCUAUACAUACUCUUGUUUCCAUUCUGCUUUUAACAGGAAUAAGCCACGAUGACUGCUGUGAGCCAAAUGGGUCAGACUUCUAUUUAUUUUGUUGCCACUGUUCAAUGAUGGGUUUCUACUGAUUUUCGUUUAUAGCAAUUCAUUCAUCCUUUAUACUUUUUUUAAGGCUCCUAGAAUGAACCUUUGGUUAAUUUAACAUUGCACAGUUGAAGUUUUUUUUACCCGGGCGCAGGCUGGCACAUGCUAAUUCAGGGAUGGUGAACAUCAGAUUUUCCUGAUUGUAUGCAUUACAUUUGAAAGCAAAACACUUUGCUGCAGACAUAGCACCUUUGUGAUAUGCACUGAGCUCUUCUUGCAGCCCCGACCCUUACAGGGCUGCCUGCAGAGGUGACUAAUCGAUGCUCUCAAGACACUGAUGUUCGUAUCAUUUGGCUCAUCCUGUGAGGCAUUCAUUCAGCGAGCCUUUAUGUCAUCCGUUUUGCACUCAGCACUGUAGUAAAUAGCAAAAAUUUCAUGGAAGUAAUGACUUGAAAAUUGUACACGGCACAGAUAAAUGUUUUUCCUUUUUAA